UGCGCUGGUCAAAUUCAUCACGAUCUGGUACCUGUCAUCGUGCCCGGAGAGGAAAUGAUGGACGCAUCGGUGGAUUCAACGGGUCGACCGCUUUUCAGGUCCCACAAGGCACUGCCGCGGAGGGGCAUCGCAGUUCCCAGCGUGGACGCUGUCCAACCGGUCUCCCCGGAUCAUCAUCGCACUGUCACUGCGGCGCCCGUUCCUCCAUUGACCCCGCCCGGAGCGAACCAGCAAGAAGGCAUAGAGAACGACCGCACGCCGCGCAAGGCCGACUCUCUCUCUGAGAGCCUGACUGCAGGCAUGUUGACACCUCGACGACCCUCAAAACCUCCAACGCCCGAUGUCACGCCACCUCGCGCGAAUUCUGCCAAGCGACCGACUCUCAACAAUUUCGUACACCUAUCCUCCUCGUCUCGCGCUGAGUCUUUUCAGACCGCCUGCGAAAGUGUCUCCUCUGAUGGUGAUAUGGAAACGCUGGGCCGUUCAUCAUCGAUCGCAUCAAAGAAGAUCAGACCAAGGGUGCUCUCUUCUAGGCGAACUCUAUCAAACGGGGUCCGCGCGAAACUUACAUACACGAAAGAAUCGCCGCAGAUUUCCCAGCCUCACAGCGAAACAGAAUAUGAAACAGGCUUCGAAUCCUUCGAUGGAGAAUGGACUUCCCCCAAGGGCGAUGGGUCUCCGACACCACUGGCCGGAAAGCGGAAAGGCUCGGAGACGCGUAAUCGACCUGGUCAGAAACAGGCAACGGAUAAUGAGACGCUGGACGUGCAACAUUUGAAUGCCUCGUUGAUGCGUGAAAAGAGCUUACGGGACCGUGUUCAAACUACCCCGGGACUGGCAAUCACACCGUCAAUGGAGCAGUUUCGUGAAGAUAUUGGAUGGCCGUCCUCCUACGACCCUCCUUCAGGGGUGGAUGAAGACCCUGACUCUCGUCGGUUGUCAGGCCUAUCUUCGACAUCCACCGUCGAAGCCAUGAUUAUCGACUCUCCAAGACAAGCCCAGCGAUGUUUGCGACACACGGAGAAGAGAAACUCUCUGCGCUCAGCGAGCUCUCCCAUCACAAAAUCUGAGCGCACGUCUACCACCUCUCAUACCGAUUCCCAGCGUCGUCUAGUCCACAAAGCUGCUCGCAUCUCCGAAAACGAUCGACGCAGCAUCUCAUCCGAUGUCUCUUUCUCGGUCAAAACAGCCAGCAGUGCGCCUCCACCAUGCGUGACCAGAAUCCCCGUCGUGGUUUGUCUUCCCGACAGAAUUCGCAAAGGCUCUAAUCAGCGACCUCUGGUGAACUCAAAGAGCCCUGCAGAUGCUCUACAACAAAGGCAGCGAGCCAUGUCUGACUCUGUGCCUGCAAGUUCCCGCGUGUCAAGCUCGAGGGGCCGCUUUUUAGGCCGUCCUGUUAUUCCUUCUCGUAGCUCGUCGCUUUCUGCACCGACGAGCCGCACCAACUCUCGUACCGCGUCCCUUACGUCCGAAAGUUUGCGAAGCCACACUUUGGCCAUGGAUCUAGAGUUGCAGAAGCGUCGCGACCAGCAACCUGUCUCACCUCCCCGCCACAAUAUCUUGGGUGUUCACUCGUCAGGACUCUUGGAGCCGCCUAGAUUGCCAGGCCUGGUCGUGACUUCCUCGGAGGAUGUUGCGACUUUGCGGCCUCCCUCUUUGCCUUACACGCAGUGGUCAAUACCGUCCUCUUCGCCUGGACCAGUGGAAAUUCAUGAAGCUAAGGCUGUCAGCUUAUUCCCACACAACAAUCGAUCCCUCCUUCUGGUUGACCAGCGGGUGCCGGGUGAACUACAAACCGUUCGAGUGUUCCAGGAUGGUAUCUCCGAUCGCGAAGCGUUCCCGCAAACGCCAGUUGCGCCGAUUGGAACAGCACUCAUGCUGGUAGAUUCUCCGUUGAAGAAUCCCCGCCCUCCUCCCAAGCCUCCCAUCGGCAAACCCCUCCCACCGAUUCCAACACAGGAAGAACACGCGGUCGUUCGCCAAAAUGACGAUGGCCGAGCGCCUGGUCGUUGGGGUUCCGUUCGUCGAACCUGGGCUGCGCGACCCCGAUCGGAUUCCUUCAACACGCUUGUCCGGUCUCUUUCAGUGCGAUCAGCGAAGAACAGGACGGCUGGCGUGGACAUGGACAGUCGUCUUCAUCCGUUCUGGCGCCCGCGUGGGUUCUGGGAAGAUGGGCGCGGGUCUCCCAUCAAAGACCGAUCAGGUCGCCAGAGCCCGUUGAAACGAGACAACUCAAUGGUAGUCAACAAUUCACUCGGUUUGCCUCAGCACCGUGUCAUCAUUGAAGGACCGGCUGCUCUUGCGCGACGCAGCCCCGAGAUGAGACGACUCUUCCAUGCCAGCCACGCCAGCCUAGUCCGUACCGGCUCUCCAUUGUACCCAACUCGCUACCACGCGCUUUCCCAAUGGGGACGACGUCUUCGAUCAAUGUCGUUGCGCAACACGCGAGCCCGCCUGCGACGCAUUCGCCAACGACGCGACGAGAGAAAACAAGCCGCACGCCGCGAGAACCUCAAGCAGAUCAUCGGCUUCCCAGUCUACGUGGCGUCCAGCGCCACCAAUGAGGUUGUGCGCUGA